AUGUCGGCCACGAGCGACCGAAAACACAGCGAUGUUAGUCUGAGCGGGGAAACGAACGCCGAAUCCGAUACUCAGGGCUGGCAACAACACCGAACGAGCUCAAACAAUACGCUCGAGAACAACAAGUUUUCCGACGAUACCGGCGAUAGCGAGUCCGACCCGACCAGUGGUUUCCAUUUUACGAGGCGAUUUACGAAGACGUUGCCGUAUAAAUGGCGGGAUAAGAGUGCUCGGGAAGAAGAGCCAGUUUCUACUGGGCUGAGGCUUCUGCAUCCCUCAAAUGAUCCUCUAUUGGAUCUGAUAUUGGUCCAUGGCCUAAAAGGACAUUCAAUCAAGACCUGGCACAAGAGUGGAGAUGCCGAAACAUUUUGGCCGCAGUGCUGGUUACCAUCCGAGCCUGGUUUCCAUCAUGUCAAUAUCCAUACUUUUGGCUAUGAAGCCGACUUCUCAGGUGCUAAGAUGGCGAAUAUAUUGACCAUUCACGAUUUUGGCCAAUCAUUAUUUGAGCAGAUGCGGAAUUGCCCACAUUUGAGAAAUAACGAGAGAGGCCCGAUCAUCAUGCUUGGACAUUCGCUCGGUGGGCUAGUCGUUAAGAAGGCAUUCCUACUUGCUAGAGAGACCCCCAACUUUCAGAAUCGGAUACGAACCAUCUUCUUUCUUGGCACACCUCAUAGAGGGUCUGAAUACGCCAAAAUACUAAGCAGGAUCCUCAGCCUUUCUAGCUCGUCAUCUCCAAAUUAUGUGAAAGACCUAAGGCUUGACUCGGUAGCCACCCAGGUGCUUAACGAUGACUUUGGCAGGCAGGCUCACGAUAUUCCUAUCUACUCCUUUUAUGAAACAAAGGACAUGAAGCUUGGGGCAAAGUCUGACAUAGUUGUACCCAGAAAUUCUGCUAUUUUGGGCCCGGGUUUCAAGAAUGAACGCGUCCAAUACCUCAUUGCAGACCACAAAGAAAUGUGUAAAUUCAACAGCCCUAAGGACCCCAAUUUCACAAGGCUUGCAAAUGCCUUGUCUGGGGCUAUUGAAGACUUACUGACGAAUGGGCGCAGUGGGAAGAGUGAGGAGAGUAAAGAGCAACUGAGUUCCCUAAUGGCAUUUUUAUCACUCUCCGAGCGUCUCGAUGAACACUACCAUGCGGUUGAGGGAUCAUGUCAAUGGCUCGACGACUGCAAAGAAUUCCAAGAUUGGAAAAAUGUCGAUGCAAACACAUUGGUCCCCCAUACAGAAUCCUCCAGAUAUCCUCCCGCGUUCCUGUGGGUUCAUGCAAAUCCAGGGACAGGUAAAACUGUUCUCGCUGCCCACGUCGUCAAACAGCUCCAGGACUUCAAAUUCGAUUGUGCUUAUCACUAUUUCCAUAUUGGUGGCAAAGCGUCACAGUCGUUGGCGUACUUCUUGCGGUCCCUCGCUUUCCAAAUGGCCGCACAGAACACAGUUAUUCGCGAUAGGCUUUUCAAUCUUUGCAAUGAAACCACUUUGCCGGACCUGGAUGAUAGCCGUUCCAUUUGGGCGAAGCUUUUCAGCAAGGGGAUUUUCCAGAUUCAUGGACUUGCUCCGCAGUACUGGGUCAUUGAUGCGAUGGACGAAAACUUCUUUGACAUUGAGUAG